AUGUCUGAAGAUAUUCUAACAUACACCGCGAACACCGAUUCAGACGAUUCAGAUGUGGAACAAAGAGAAAUCGAAAAGAAAUACAAGACUUCUAGCGAAACGCCAGUAGUGCAACUCUACGAUGGAGAUGACUAUGACAAUGAUGAUAUCAGGGAAACGAAUGGGAAUGACUUUCCUAACGAAGAAGAUGAAUCAAACCAGCUGUAUUCGCCCGUUGUUGACAUGAACUUCUUCACUCUAUCCGAUGAGUGUACUGAAGUUAUAAUAUGCUUAGAAAAGAAUCAACACCUUCUAAUAUGCGGUCAGUUCAAUCUACAAAUUAUAAAAGGCGGGAUUACAUAUAACAACGUUCAUUAUAACAGUGGUUAUAAAAACUGGGAAUUCUGGCAUCCCGCUUGUAAUGCAAUUUCGCCAAUAGUGUCUUCUUUUUAUGCCGGUUGGGAAUCUAAAUUGUUUCUUAACCGAGAAUAUCAACAUUUCACAACACAGAUCGAAAGCUACGACUGCGUCCUAAAAAUCAGCAAUGGCUGCAAUAUAACAGAAUUAUCUAGUUUAUUACCUGAGCUUAGAGAUAUGUGGGGUCCUUUGAAUAUUUCAUUGCUACCGGGAAUUGCCAGAAAGCAACUAACGUUCAACAUUAUCAGUAAAAUUUCCGAUUCUGUAAGAAUAUUGGAUAUAUCAACCGAAUGGUCAACAGUCAUCGAUGAAAUGCGUAUAUUCCACGCUAACUCGUCACAAGAUAUGAGGGUCAUGGUAAUAGGAGGUAAGAACUCAGGAAAAUCCACUUUGAUGCGGCUUCUUGUCCAAAAAUUUUUGCAUAGUAACAACGAUCUAUCAUAUGAAGCCAUACACUACCUUGAUAUUGAUCCUGGUCAGCCAGAGUACUCGCCACCUGAAAGCAUAUCAUGGAAUAAAGUAGACCCGAAAUCUAUGUCCUUAGGCCAACAUCUUUGCCAAGGAAGAUUCACAACCAUAAAACAGCAUUUCAUAGGAUCCUCAUCACCUCAGGAUUGGCCAGAAACAUACUCUAACGCUGUAGAAUCACUUUUGAAAGAGUGGCAGACAGAGAAUUUCAUGGGGACAUCAUUUUUAAAUAUUCCUGGGUGGAUUAAAGGAUUUGGUGUUAAAAUUAUCAACCAUGCACUUGACCAUUUCAAGCCAACUCACAUCAUAUUUCUAUCUUAUAAUGGGCUGCCCUUUUCGUCCGAAAUUAAAGUCCCUGACGCUUUCAGUACAACUCAGCGGUCAACUUACAAACCUAUAAUACUACAAUUGCAUUCUCCUGCUGUGGGUAAACACAUAUCCCAUGCUUUACAAAGAUUUAACGCAGCUAAAAUCAGGCAGUUCAAGAUUACAGCAUAUUUACAUAAAAAAUAUGACCGAAAUUUUGUAAUCAAUCCAUUGGUCAUGCAGAAACCUCAACUAACUUCUAUUGGCAACCGCGGUAUAGUUGGUUUUGAGUUUCUCCAAUAUUCCAAUAGCUCUUUGUAUCACGAUGAUAUCAAACUAUCUUUAGAUGGGACGGUCGUUGCUCUUCAUAGGGCAGAUAGUACCCCAGACGUGCUAUUCAAGGGCAUAUUCCCAGUGAUGAAGAAUUACUCAAAAAUUAACACUGAAUUUGUGGGACUUGCUUUGAUUCAUUCUAUUGAUCUUGAACAGUCCCUCAUCUACAUGUAUAUUCCUGAGAACCUCUUUCGGGCCUUAAGAGAAACGGAAAACAAAUGGGUCUUAGUACGUGGAAAGACGGAAACACCCAUCUGCGAGUUAUACCCAAAUAAUGGCAUAUUCAAAAGUGAAGUUGAUAUUCCAUACGUUUCUCUUUACCAAAAGAAGAGACAUGAACACGUAUGGAAAGUAAGAAAAAAUGUGAUGAGAAGAGGACAUCACAUGAAAUGA